GUAAAUUCAACUUUUGUAAUCUGAGAAUAUUGCUGCUAGGGAUUUGUUUUAGAAAACCGACUGAAUCAAAGCUGCCGUUUGUUUAGUUUUGUGAUCUAAUCGUUUGGUCGCUGGCUUUUUGAAAUAUAUUGUUUAUACAUAGCACUCCACAUCUGAGCCCCCCCUGGCCCCGGUCGACACCUGGAAGUAAAAGGCAGAGAUGGAGGUUUUCUGGGCAGGGGUCCUUUGGUCUGUGAAGAUUUGGCUGUACCUCAUUUUCAGCCUCAUCAUGACCCCAGCCAUGUUCGGAUUCUCCCUGGGCCUGUCUGAGACCUACAUGACCAUCCUGGUCAGAAUCUUAGAGUGGGCCACUCUGAAGAUACAGAAGGCAAACUUAGAUGAACAAGCACUCAAAGCCUCUACUAAUAAUGGUAUAAUCCAGAGGGAAGAUGGCUCUAUGGAGGAAGAGUUUGAGGAUCUCAGACGCAGUCGACCCAAACCAGCAGUGGGCGGGGACUUCACACUCAGCGACUGCUUCUAUUUCUCCCGGAGAGGAAUCGAGACCAUUGUAGAGGAUGAGGUGACCCAGCGGUUCAGCUCUGAGGAGCUGGUGUCCUGGAACUUACUGACCCGCACCAACAAUGAUUUCCAGUACAUAAGUCUCAGACUGACACUGGUCUACGGCCUUGGUAUCUUUGUAAGAUACUGCAUCCUUGCCCCGCUUAGGAUAACACUGGCCUGCAUCGGCCUGAGCUGGUUGGUUAUUGGAACAUCUGCAGUGGGAUUAUUUCCAAAUUGGAGGAUAAAGUUUUGGCUCAGUGAGUGGGUCCACGUCAUGUGCUACAGAAUCUGUGCUCGGGGGCUCUCUGCUACCAUUCAGUACCACAACAGAGAAAAUAAACCCAAAAAAGGAGGCAUCUGCGUGGCCAAUCACACCAGUCCCAUCGACAUUGUUAUACUCUGCAACGACGGCUGUUAUGCCAUGGUGGGUCAAGUUCACGGCGGUCUGAUGGGGGUUAUUCAAAGAGCCAUGGUUAGGUCUUGCCCUCAUGUCUGGUUUGAGAGAGCAGAGAUGAAAGAUCGCCAUCUGGUGACCAAAAGGUUGACGGAUCAUGUGAAUGACAAGACAAAGCUUCCCAUAUUGAUAUUUCCAGAGGGAACCUGUGUCAACAACACAUCCGUCAUGAUGUUUAAAAAAGGAAGUUUUGAAAUCGGGGCAACAAUAUAUCCUGUAGCCAUUAAGUAUGACCCAAAGUUUGGAGAUGCCUUCUGGAACAGUUCCAAGUACAGCAUGGUGAGCUACCUGCUGAGGAUGAUGACCAGUUGGGCUCUGGUCUGCAACGUCUGGUACCUCCCGGCCAUGCACCAACAGGAAGGAGAGGAUGCCGUGCAGUUUGCCAACAGAGUGAAGUCGGCCAUCGCUCACCAGGGGGGGCUGCUAGAUCUUCAGUGGGACGGGGGCCUGAAGAGAGCAAAAGUGAAGGAGACGUUUAAAGAGCAGGAGCAGAAGAAGUACAGCAGCAUGGUGGUGGGCGAUGACAGCAGCAGCAACAGCGACUGAGACGCUCUUUUUAUCUUCAUGAACAAUUCUUCUGCCUUGGUUUGUUUGGGUUUUUUUUUUGUUUUUUAAAAAGGGGUCUCCUCUACUUCAGUGUUUUCACUCAAGCUGGACCCUGCAGGGAAGAGUCUGAAUGGACAAAUGGACUUUUAACAAACACUGAAAAGCAUCUCUGUGAUUGACGGACGAUUAAUGUGCAAUAAUGAGUGUUGAUGGAGCACAGGAAAGGGAAGUCUACUUGUUUUUACUUUUAGUUCAGCUAUUGAUGUGGUGAUUGAAUAUUGAUGCUGUGGAUGAAAUGUGUGUUUAAAGACAAGAAACUCCUAAAAAGA